UUUCAAAAACGAAUCCAGAGAUUCAACAAAAUUUUAGUAUGACUACUCGCAUCUGGGCAAAUAUUAUUACUGUUCCUAAUAAGUGGAACAUUCUUAAGUUUGAGGUUGAUUUAUAUGAUUGUAAAAUGGGUGAAAUGCUUAGCAAUAAAUGGCCGUCACUUGGUAAGCAAGCUACUGCAUACUUUCUUGAUUCUAUUGAAAUUAGGGUUUCUCCAAAUCCACUCAAAGUUGGUAUGAUCGUGCCAAGGAAUUAUAAGCCACAACAGCCCAAUCAAGUUACUGAAUAUUUAGAAGGUGACGAGACAAACAAAGGCUUUGAUUGUCAAUUUGGAGGUGAGAUUGGAACAACAUCUAAGAUUGGAAUCCAAGGAAAAAUUAGUUGUGAUACAAAGAAUGCCCAUAGUACCAAAUCAAUAAUGACAAGCAAAUGGAAGUUAGGGAGACAACAAAACUGUCAUUACGCAAAUAUUGCGUUACAUGAUAUGAAACUGAAACCAAAGAUCUUAAAGCAGUACCCUAAGAUGGUUCAUACACUCGAAAUAUCUUUUAAGUCCAUUAAAAAUUUCAAUAAAGAUUUUGCAGCACUUAACAAGCAACAAUUUAUUCAUGGUGAUCUUAUUGUUACCUUGGGGGAUGAUAAAGGUGACAAGUUAGGUGCAAACGACACUAAACAUGAUUCAGAAAUUAUGGAUAUUGAACGUAAACCUAUGCAAACUGAUUAA